AUGAGGCUCUACUUGGUUGCUUUUUUAAUUGCUUUUCAAAUUGGUUUUAGUGUUUCCGAAAGUGUCCAUUGGCAAUGGCGUGAUCUGAAAUGUGAGACUAGAAAUGGUCGAGGUCCAGAUAAGUUGAGCCAAGAACCAGCUGAAUGUAACCUCUUUCUGCGUGAAAACGACGAACCUGGUUCACAGGAGAAAAGAAGAGCUGCACCUGGCAAUAAUGCUGGUUGUUUCGACGAAAACGUUAAUGGUACAGUACGGACCUAUUGUAAUCUUCUGUGUCCAAAAGCAGAUACAGUUUAUCUAAUCAGUCGUGAACCUAAAGUUCAUCGUUCCUGUUUUGUUUUCUACACACAUCGGUUGGAACGAAGAGGAGACGACUGGUAUUUAUGGCGCGAUAAGAAUUGCCGCCUCUCAGCAAUCAAUUUUAAAAUUCGUUGUGAAUUUCUAUUUCCACGAGCCAAAUUCCCAGAUGACGAAGAAGUGUUUAAAGCUUUUAAAAAAACAUAA